CUUUUGCAGCUCUCAGAAAAAUGUGCUUCUUUGGAAUGAAACUGAGAGUGAGGAUGGUGUUUCAGAUGCUGGGAAUAGUACUUAAGUUAGUCUUAUUUCUGGUGUCCCUGCACAUCUCCCAGCCCUCGCAUCUCCCCUUUGCACAAGGAUGGCCAAGGAAAUCGUUCUCAAAUAUCCAGAGAUCCUCCGUGCUGGGCGCCCCCUCUCCUUCUCCCUCAAGUUUGUGAGUGCUGACGGCUCCCUCCUGGAUGGAGCAGUGUUUGUGGAUCAAAAGGUAUUGAUUGAGAUACAGGGGAGGGAUGUGAGUGCCCAAGGUGAGGUCCAGAUUUUGAAGAGAAUCUAUUUACCUGAGAACAACUUAUUGGCAAUUUUUGUAGAUGUCAUCAUCAGCGAGGUCAGUGUUAGAUACCAACUUGCUGCUAAGGUGUCUGUUGUACCUGCUGGCUGGCAUCUCCAGUUUGUCUCUCCUGACCUGGUGGUGUAUCCUGAAAACUUGGAGGUCCAGGAGAACUCUGUCACCAAGAAUGUGCAAAUGAAUGUCACCAGGUGGCUGGUGGCAGCUCCUCAAGUGAACCCAGAGCUUGAGGACCGACUGAUGCAGGUGAUAAUGGGGGUUGAUAUGAGUGUCGAGGGCGUGUAUUGGGGUCCUGUCACCUUUGCUCCUGUGACCUCUGGCUCUUCUAAAAAGGAAGUUGCAUCCUUCAUGAUCACUGGGCCAGAGGACAGCAUGAUGGCUGCCUUGGAGAGGUUGUGCCUUGAGUUGAAGGCUGCAGUCACCAUUAUAAUAGAGCAAAGCUGCAACAAGUCAUCCAAGUACUUUGUCAAGAAGGUUUAUGUUGAAGGCAACCUCCUGCACUGCUCUCAGGAGAGCAGUGGGACUCAGGACCAGCUCCAAGACCCACAGAGGAUUGGAAGGCAUAAAUUCAGUCGUGGAUAACUAUCGACAUUUAAAACUGGUAACUCCACUCGUCAGAUGAUAGGUGGGAAAGUUUUAGGGUUGAUUGAUGGGAAUAUUGUUGUUCUAAAUUCUUUUUCGGUAAAGUACUGUAAAUCACUUGCAUGUGAAAUUUUGAGUGGAUGAAAUAGCAUGAAUGGUAUUUUAGUUGAAUUGUUUUUUCGUUGUUGGAAAAAAAUUAAGUUUGAUUGAUGGGGAAAGUAUUGUUCAAAAUCCUUUUAUUGUAAACUAGAUCAUGUACAUAGUUAUGAAAUUUUUUUGGAAAUGAAAUAGCAUAAAUGAUAUUGUAGUUGUUUGUAUUGUACUAUGGGUACACCAUUGAAAAAAAUGUAGUAGUUAUGAAAAAAAAUUGGAUUAACUAACAUCACUGAGGUUGUAGUUGUGAAAUUUUGGUGUAAAUUAAUGUAAACAAUGAAAUAAUCAUUAAAGUUUAACCUUAUAUUAGAAGUCAUUGGAAAUUAGCUAAAACAAACACCCUUUUAUCAUCUUAAUGCUAUAAUGACUAACCAACUUUCCUCUCAAAUCAUGGCAUAGUUUUAACACAAGUAAACAGUGCACAGCUUUGCCAAAUGUUCUCAUAAAUCUGUGUUGGAAAUAUAGUCUUCACCAAGCAUUA